AUGGACGCAUUCUUUGCUCAAACAAAAGCCCUCAUCGACGCGGCCGACGAGACCGGCCCUCGUAUUCUGCGUUACUUGGCCUCGAAUGGCAUUAUUAAGGAAACAGAAAAAGAUACAUUUACAUCAAGUAAUAUAACGGAGACCUUCACGAACACUGGUUUCCAAGGUGGUAUUUACCAUUACCAUGACAGUAUUGGCCCUGCCAUCACGGCCCUCCCUGACUUCUUGAAGGAAAACAACUACCAGGAUAUCAAAGACGUGGUACAGACCCCGCUUCAAAAGGCAUGGAAUACAGACCUCCCCGCCUUCCUCUGGGUUCAGACCAAACCGGAUAAUUUUGCCCACUUCAAUCAGUUUAUGGUUGUUCAGCGCUUGGGCAUGCCGACCUGGCUGGACGUCUACCCAUAUCAGGAGAAGGCAGAUGGCCUAAAGCCGGAGCAGCCAUUCUUUGUCGAUCUAAGCGGAGGACUCGGACACCAGAGCAUCGCUCUCCGGUCAUGA